AUGCGCACCGAAGGAUGGACGACGAAGACGGAGACAGAGCAGUGGGUUCAGGCUCCACAGCGGAGCCGUCAGUCAGGGGCUCCUCACGAGGGAGUGGAGUCCUCCUCUGUCCGGCAGGAGGUGUGGACUGAAGAGGGUCCGGUGCUCGUACAGCCGGUGGUAAACAGCGUGUCUUACCGGUGCGGGCCCGACGCCAGUGGCACCGUGUUCUGCCCGGGGCGAUCAGGAGGUGCUGAGCUGGGAGUGCGCUGGGCCUGGUGGAGGCAGCAAUUGGACCUGGAACCCAGCCCGAAGUGCUGGGCCUCCAUCCCGAUGGGCCGUGUGACCUUUCAGGACGUGGCUGUGCACUUCUCCCGGGAGGAGUGGGGGCUCCUGGAUGAGGCUCAGAGGUAUCUGUACCGCGACGUGAUGCUGGAGAACUUGGCGCUGAUGGCCUCUCUGGGCUGUGGGCGUGGAGCUGAGGCCGAGGAGAGUGUUACCGCGGGAGGAGCGCCCAGAGCAAACCGUCACCAACACCAGAGGCUGCGCUGUGGAGAGAAGCCCUUAGGAGGAGAAGAGGGGGCGCAGGGCGAGAAGGACUUUCCAGCUGGCACUGGUCUCAAACAGCAGGAGACUCACCGCACAGGGGCGCCAGGCAGGGCCGCCCAGCGUCACCCCCAAAGAAGGCAAUACAAGUGCAGCGAGUGUGGGAAAGUCUGUGGUCAGAAGUACUUCCUUGUGGAGCACCAGAGACUACACACCGGAGACAAGCCGUGCGGAUGCAGCGAAUGUGGGAGGUUAUUUAGCCAUAAACCCAGCCUCUUCGUGCACCAAAUCGUUCACACUGGUGAAAGGCCUGACGGCUGUAGCGGAUGCGGGAAAUCCUUCAGCCGCAAGGCCAACCUCAUUCAACACCGGAGAGUUCACACCGGAGAGAAGCCCUUGACGUGCAGUGAGCGUGGGAAAGCCUUCAGGCAUCACUCCACGCUCAUCCGGCACCACAGGGUCCACACUGGGCUGAGGCCUUUUGAGUGCAGCGAAUGUGGGAAAUCCUUUAGCUUCAGCUCGGGCCUCCUGAAACAUCAGAGAGUUCACACUGGAGAAAGGCCUUAUGAGUGCACUGAAUGUGGGAAAUUCUACAGCCACAAGGCCAGUCUUACUACUCACUGGCAAGUUCACACUGGAGACAGGCCUUACGAGUGCAGGGACUGUGGGAAGUUUUUUGGCCAAAGCUGUAGCCUCCUGCAACACCGCAAAGUUCACACCGGAGAAAAGCCUUUUACGUGCAAUGACUGUGGACAACACUUCAGUGAGAAUCCGAGCCUGGUCAAGCACCAGAGGGCGCACACUGGAGUGAGGCCUGACGAGUGCGGGGAAUGUGGGAAAUGUUUUCGCUACAGCUCCAGCCUGGUUAAACAUCGGAGGACUCACACCGGAGAGCCGUAGGAGUGUGGUGAUUGUGGGAAAUCCUUUAGCCAGCGUUUCAACCUCAUUCAACACCAGAAAGUCCACAGAGGAGAGAGGUCUUGGAUGUAG